AUGGCUAGACAAAACUUUGUUGGAUUAGUCGUUUCCCAAGGGAAAAUGUCUAAAACAGUUAAAGUUAGAAUUUCCAAUAAAGUUUACGAUAAUAGAAUAGAUAAAGAAAUUGUUAAAAGAAAAGAUUAUUUAGUUCAUGAUGAAGGAAAUGUUUGUAAAGAAGGUGAUAUAGUUAGAAUUGAAUCAAUACCUAAAAUAUCAAAAAGAAAAUAUUUUGCCAUUGCAGAAUUUAAACAAAAUAAGGGCCAACAAUUUGCUCAAUAUGAAGAUUUAGCAAAAUCAAGAAUUAAAGAAGAACAACAAUUAUUUUUAGAAAGUUUUAAAAAUCAUAAAAUGGAAUUUAAUAAGAUUAUAACUCAAAUAAGUGAUAUGAAAAAAUUGGAUGAAUUAUCAUAUAAACUAAGAAAUGGAAUAAAUGACGACAGUGUGAAUGAUGAAGUUUUAAUUAACGAGAUUAAUGAUAUUAAAGCAAAAUAUAAUAUAAAUUCAUGGCCAACCACAGAAUCAACAUUGGAAUUAGAAGUUAAUAAACCAGUUUAUACAAAUGAAGAAGAGAAAAGAGUAUUUUUUAUGGACUUUAUACUUGAACAAUUGAAUAAUGAGAAAUUUCAACAAUAUAAAAGCAACAUAUUAGGAGGUAAUGUUGAUAAAAAGAAAAAUAUACAGAAGAAUUUAAUGAGAACAUGGAUAUUGAAUGUCAAUAAUGAAUUACCAUUUAAAUUACCAGAAUAG